AUGGCAGCAGCCGAGGAAGAUUACUCCUCACUGCCUCUCCCCGAAAGGAUUACUCACAAGAUUUGGAAGGUUCGAGUGGCAGCAUAUGAGGAGCUCACGAAAAAAUUCUCAACUGCGGAUCCGUCAAACGAACAAGAGUUCAAACCUUAUGAAGGUUUACUAAAAGACAUAGCCAAGGACGCUAACGCCGUCGCGCAAGAAACAGGGUUGUCAACACUUUUAGCGUAUGUAGAGAACGCACCUAAUCCUACAAGGCAAGUGUCCCUCAUGGAUUCAUCCCAGCCGAGGUCGUCUAUAAUACCGGCGGUUGUCGAAAAGGGCUUCGGUUCGGCUCGUGCUGGGACAAAAAGGAAGGCGGUGGAUCUCAUUCUGUUAUACAUAGAGGUCGACACACCCGACCCGGUUGUGGAAGAUGUAUUAGCGGGAUUAAAUGCCAAACAACCGAAACUGGUCGCAACCACAGCUUCCGCGCUGAAAGAAAUCAUAAGUUUAUAUGGCGCGAAAACGGUGAAUAUCAAGCCGAUUCUUAAAAUUAUACCGAAGUUAUUUGCUCAUACUGAUAAAAACGUUCGAGCUGAGGGAACUCAACUUGUGAUAGAGCUUUAUAAGUGGUUGGGUCCAGCCAUCAGUUCUUAUCUUUCGGAUCUGAAACCAGUUCAGGUUAAAGAAUUAAAUGAAGCAUUUGAGAAGUUACCUCAAGAGAAACCUACCCAACAGAGAUUACUGCGCUCACAGCAGGCCGCCGCUGAAGCCGCGGCUGAAGCUGGCGAAGGAGCUGACUCUGAAGCCGAUGACAAAAAGGAAGUAGACGCAUACGAUUUAGCGGAACCCCUUGAUAUUCUGCCAAAAAUAUCAAAAGAUUUUUAUGCGCAAUUGGCGUCAUCAAAGUGGAAAGAAAGGAAAGAAGCAUUGGACGGUUUAUUUGAGGUGUGCAAGACGCCAAGAAUUGCUGACAGCAAUUACGGGGAGUUGAUUGCUGCCCUCGCCAAGGUGGUGCCUCCAAUCAUUGAGAAACUUAAAGAAAGAAAACAGAGUGUUGUUGAGGCUCUAGCGGCAGCGUUGGAUGCGAUCUUCCUAUCUGUGAGCAUAUCUGACGUCUCGGAGGACAUUUUGGCCGCGGGGAAACAUAAAAAUCCGCAAGUGAAAUCGGAAUCCAUGAAAUGGUUGGUCAGGUGCUUAAAGAAUACAAAAGUCGCCCCUAACAAAGCGGAAAUUAAAUCUCUAAUUGAAAUGAUGGUGAAAGAAUCCGAAAAUAGCUUCGAGCCGGUGCGUGUUGCGGCAUUCGAGGGACUUGGUACCAUGAUGAAAGUAAUCGGAGAGAAAGCCAUGAACCCCUAUAUAGAGAAUCUUGAUGAUAUCCGAAAAGGCAAAAUCAAAGAAUUCUUUGACAAAGCGGAAGUAAAGGUUAAGGUUACCGCCGCAAAAAAACCACCACCGGCAUCUGCCGCAGCACCCCCUAAAGCUCCUAAGGCAGCAGUUAAAAAGGAUAGCGAUAAUGAACCUAAGAAGGCAGCGCCUCCAAAAACUUCUAAGCCGCCCGCUGCCAAGAAAGCUGCAGCGAAGGCACCUGCCACCGCAGCAGCUCCGACGUCGUCAAAAAAAGGUGGUAAAGUAAAAGAAGAGGAAGUCUUAAAAUACAGAUUUAGCGAUGAGGGUGUGGAGGCUAGAUUUGCCGAAAUCGUUCCCGAAGAUCUGAUAAAGGAAAUAGAUGAAAAGAACUGGAAAUUGAGAUUGGCAGCUAUUGAAAAUCUGUAUAAUGCCUUGGAUGAGAAGGAUCCCUCGGAAAUUGAAGCAGAAUUAGUUGCAAGAUUCCUCGCCAAGAAACCUGGAUGGAAGGAGAGCAAUUUCCAGGUGUUAUCGAAAGCGUUUAAUAUAAUGGAAUUUCUUUGCAACAAGGUCCCUUCUUUCGAUAAACCUACGGCGGCCCUUUGUAUACCAGUUUUGGUGGAUAAGUUAGGAGACAUCAAGCUUAAAAAAAGUGCCACUGACACUUUAACAGCAUUUUCCGAGAAAAUAUCCCUUCAAUUUAUUAUCGGACAAGCAUACGAGCCACUGCGAAAAGCAAAGUCACCAAAAAUAUUGGCAGAUAAUUUAACGUGGAUGCACGGUGCUAUAAUGGAAUUUGGGAUAGCUGGCUUGCAAAUAAGAGAAUUGAUUGAUUUUCUCAAGUUUUGUCUUUCGAGCUCGAAUGCAUCAGUCCGAACAAAUUCAGUUACGGUCUUGGGUGCACUAAGGAUCUAUGUUGGUCCAGACAUCAGAACGUUCGUUCAGGACUUGAAUCCCACCCAACUUGCCACGAUUGACAACGAAUUCGAUAAGGUUGCCGAUCAAGCACCACCGAGGCCAGUGAAAGCCGAGGUGGCUAGUUCGGGACGCGGAGGGAAUGAUACCUUGGAAGAACUUUUCCCUAGAGUUGAUAUUGGUGCCUUAUUUACGAGUAAGAUGAUGGCUGAUGCGAACGAUGAAAAAUGGAAAACUCGAAAAGAAGCCCUUGAUCAAAUUCUCGCGAUUGUCGAUUCCAACAAAAAGAUUAAACCGAAUUUAGGUGAGUUUGUUCCGAUUCUGAAGGCGCGCCUGGCGGAUAGCAAUAAAAAUCUUCAGAUGAUGGCCUUGGAUAUUUGCGGAAAACUUGCGACCGCGAUGGGAAAACCGUUUGAGAAACACAUAAAAUUAUUAGUUCCACCUGUGAUAUCAGUGUUGACCGACCAAAAAGCUACGGUUCGUGGAAGCGCUAUUAGCGCCCUGGAUUGUCUGACGAAUUCUACUGGUCUAGAUCCUUUGGUUCAACCAUUGGCAACCGGUCUUGCCACCGAAAAUCCAUUAUUACGCAAAGACCUAUUAAAUUGGCUAUCCGAACGCCUUAAAGAAGUUGAUGAAAAAAAUAAUUUGCCCGAUUUGCAACCACUUGUAGUAGUUAUAUUAUCGUGUUUGCAGGACCGCAAUGGAGAAGUGAGGAAAGCAGCACAGAGUUGUUUAGGGCCUAUAGUGAAAAGUGCUGGGUACGACUAUGUGGUGACGCGAUGUGGUGACCUUAAAGAUGCGGUGAAACAAACGAUUAUGCCGAUGAUUGAAGCUGUUCGCCCGGCUCACGGAAAUGGUCCUCUUCCUAGAGGAAAGGAUGCUAAAAAACUUGGUCCAAAAUCGCGUAUUGCUGCACCAUCCUCCAGCAAAAAUGACGAUAUUUCCGACGAUAUAGAAGAUGAGGAGCCAACACCGAAAUUACCCCCGGGAUUGAUACUCAAGCCGUCAACAGGAAUUGCGCAAGGUAUCCCCCAACGUACCCUUGCGAACCCACCUCCAACGGCCAUCAAUAACGCAUCCGGUUUGAUUCCUCCAAAUGGUAUGCACUUCCCGGCUGCGAUCAAUGGACCGCAAUCAUCUAUGAUUCCCAACAGAUUUCCGUCACCUGCUCAAAGGGGUGGAGCACCACCAAGUGGAAUCGGUAGGGGCCUUCCGCCUCCUUCCCGUCUUCAUUUUUCAAAAUUCCGUCAGGGAGAAAAUGGAACUAAUGGUCUGUCUUCAUCUGAGGCGGUUAAUGAUCAUGUUCAGAAGGACCCUAUGAGCAUGGAAAUUGACAUCAAUCCUAUAAAUGAUAAUUCUACGAUGUCGAAUUCACCUGGGUUGCCAUCAUCAAAGCAACGUACCUCUGAACGCGGUUCGGUAUUCUUGGUGGAAGUAGUCAUAUCUAAAAUUCAGAGUUCUGAUCACCCUCAAAGCAUUGAGGCGUUAAAGGAGUUGGAUAAACAUUUAAACAAUUCCCCCGAAUCACUGAUACCAUCCGUCAAUGACAUUGUUAAUGCUUUGACAGUGCAAGUUCGAAUUUCAUAUACGAAACUUGAUGCGCGAUCACAGAUACUGGUUCGAUUGUGCAAACAUUUGGUUAAUGCAUUGGUCUUACUAUUUUCAAACAAGGAUUUAGCACUAGCGGUAUCCCAAGAAUCACUCGACAGCCUGCUAACAGAAUUGGCACAUCGUCUACUGGAUCCCAAUCUCCAAGCAUUGGAAUCCGGUCAACAAUUGUCUAAGGCACUCAAUGUAUCAAUGGUCAAAGUUCUCGAUAACAGCAAUCGCAAUGCAACUGCCCUAAUAUCCAUACUUGGGAAAUCAGCGGCAAACUUGAGGGAAGUAGAUCCGUCGGCUGCGGCCUCUCACACAAAGUUCACGGAACUGAUAAUGAAAUGUUUAUGGAAAUUAGCGAAAACAGUUCAAGAAAAUUUAAAGGCAGGUAUCCUUCUGCCUAAUAAAUUAUUGAGAGAUCUCAAUGACUUUUUAUUUGCUACACCGCCCGCUGAAUGGAAGAGGCGUAUGGCAGAAGGAGUUCCACUUGGCGAAAUGCCUCUUCGCACGGUAAAGACGCUAUUGCUUGAACUUGUAACAGGACUUGGAGAGGGCGUAUACGAUCAUUUGGACCUCAUUGAAGACCCGCAACAUAGCUUUGUAUACCCUUACUUACAUCAUAUGCUCGAAGCAUGCCGGAAGAAGGAAAAGCAGAAUAACACAUCAAAUGUUCCAAACUUGCAAAGCCGACCUUCGUCUGUCGGAUCUAUAAAGUCAAUUACUUCAGUAGGAACGGAUGUUGCCUUUUCUGCCUUUGAAUCUUCACGGGCAUCACCAGUACAAAAUUCUUCGCCCCGACAAUCAUACACAUCAAUCCCCACGCAAAUUAAUGAACAACCGGCUCGAAAUUCUCCGACGUAUGAAGCGCCGGCUCAGUUCAAUGAAAUACAGUAUAAUAGUUCGGAACCGGUCAGCCCUGCUUCACCGCGCACUCCUAUGACGCCGAGGUUUCCCACGCCGACUGGUAGCAGCCGUUCAUCAGGAUCGCACGAAGUCGAGAUGAACGCACGUUUAACUCAAAUAUUUCUUAAAAUUGGAACGCGGGAAGAGACCAAACAGGGCAUUUACGAACUAUAUGAAUUUCAGAAGCAACAUCCUGAAAUGGAAGGCAAAGUGACAACACAAUUAUCAAAGACAGGUCCUUACUUCCAAAGUUAUAUUCGCCGUGGACUGGCAAACAUUGCUUCGGAAGAAGAGGAAAAAGAGAGAGCCAAUGCUAUUGCGGGAAUCAAAUCACUAAUUCCUUCUGAAAAUGAACAAAACGAUGGUAAAUUGGAAAAUUCCUGUUACUAA